AUGAACAUAAUUUGCAACGAUAGUCACAGUGAUUUCACCCUCCUGGGAUUCUCUGACAAGCCAUAUUUGGAGAAAAUACUUUUUGGGGUUGUUCUGAUCUUUUAUUGCUUAACUCUUACAGGAAAUGUGGUCAUAAUUCUUGUGUCCAUGAAAGAUCCAAAACUCCACGUCCCUAUGUAUUUCUUUCUUUCCAAUCUUUCGUUACUAGAUCUCUGUUUUACCAGCAGCUGUGUUCCACAAAUGUUGGUAAAUUUCUGGGGUCCAGAGAAAACUAUCACGUACACUGGCUGUGCCAUUCAACUCUAUGUCUUCUUAUGGCUUGGAGCCACGGAAUGCGUCCUUCUUGUCAUCAUGGCUGUGGACCGCUAUGUAGCAGUGUGUCGCCCACUGCAGUAUACCACCAUCAUGCACCCAAGAGUUUGUCUGCAGCUGGCCCUCCUGGCGUGGGGGACUGGCUUGGUUCAGUCUCUGAUCCAGUCUCCUGCUACACUCCAGUUGCCUUUCUGCUCCCACCACAUGGUUGAUGACAUUGUGUGUGAAGUCCCAGCACUUAUUCAGCUCUCCAGUACAGACACGACCUACAAUGAACUCCAGAUGUCCAUAGCUAGCAUUUUUCUGCUGGUGGUGCCCCUGAUCAUUAUCCUGUCCUCUUAUGCUGCUAUCACUAAGGCUGUGCUGAGGAUAAAGUCAGCUUCAGGGCAGAAGAAAGCAUUUGGCACUUGCACUUCUCACCUUCUUGUGGUUUCUCUUUUCUAUGGCACUGUCACAGGUGUCUACCUCCAACCCAAGAAUCGUUACGCUCAUGAACGAGGCAAGUUUCUCACCCUUUUCUACACUGUAGUGACCCCAAUGCUUAACCCUCUUAUAUACACUCUGAGGAACAAGGAGGUAAAGAGGGCACUGAUAAGGUUAAGGGGAAGGAUUUGGGAUGUUUCAGAAUAA